AUGCGGCCCACGCGGUCUCCAUUUUGUCAGCCUCCAGCCCUCUUAGGCUGCAUCUCCUUGCACCGACGGCCGCCUCCCAAGGCGGCAGGGUCCGGUCGGAGCCCCUCACCCGAGAGCCUGGGCAUAGCAGCGCGGGCUUGUGGCGUGGGUCCCUCUUCUUCCACAGCGCUUCCAGGCAGUGAGGGCGUCUGGCCCGGGGAGAAGCUUUAUGAAAGCCCCGCUGAAAUCCUUGUCCCCAAAAGCAGCGGAAGCAACAGGACGGGAAACGGUAGGAACGACAGGAGACAUAUAUCACCCUACAGUGCCCAUUACGGGAGCGCUCCUAGAGGGCGGGAGUGGGCGCUGCCCCGCGGCGGCCAAUGGGGCGGGAGCGCCGGGCCGCGCCGCCAGGAGGCGCCGCGGUGCCGCCACCGUAUGCUGGGGCUGCCGGGGGGCACUAGGGGUCCCGGAAUUGCGGACAGGUGCGGAGCUCCUGGCAGGCGGGCUGCCGUGGCCGAGCUCCGGACCCUCUGCCGUGCCUUAGGGGCAGGGCGCUGCUGUGGCGCACGGCGGGGCAGUGGGCGAGAGGAGGAUGGCCCCUUUGCAGUAAAGCCAGCGCCUAGAAUGGGGGAGGGGGUGGGUCGUGCCAACCCUCCCAAAUGGUCUCUGCCACUAAUGCCAUUUCUCUCCUGCUGUGCAGGAGUCCCUGCGAAUAUAAUUCACCUACCACUGUCUUCAGCAGGAAAGAAGCUAAUCCCAUUUUGCGAUUUACCGUGCCCGCCGCGAGCAGGUGAGGCCGCGGCGGAGGUGGGCGCCGUGGGCCUGGGCCGUGGGCCGUGCCCCGUGCUCCUGCCCGGCUGGCACCCGCCUGCUACAGGAUGUCCGUGUCAGAAGUACUACUGCUAUGAUGACUCUUCUUAUGAAUAUUUGCUCACAGUAACAGAUCAAGCCUUUGUGACUCUUGCUACUGAUGAUGUGUACUGUCAAGGUGCACUGGUUCUUGGACAGUCAUUGAGGAACCAUACGACAUCUAGAAAAUUGGCAGUACUAAUUACACCAGAGGUUUCCAGUGGGAUGAGGUCUGUCCUUCACAGCGUGUUUGAUGAAGUCGUUGAGGUGGAUACACUUGACAGUGCUGACUCAGUUCGUUUGGCUCUGAUGCAGAGGCCUGAACUAGGUGUAACCUUCACUAAGCUUCACUGUUGGACUCUUACUCAUUAUAGCAAAUGUGUCUUCAUGGAUGCAGACACAUUGGUACUUUGCAAUGUUGAUGAAUUAUUUGAUCGAGAAGAGUUUUCAGCAGCUCCUGAUUCUGGCUGGCCUGACUGCUUUAAUAGUGGUGUGUUUGUGUUCAGACCUUCUUUGAAAACUUACAACCUCCUGCUCCAGUUUGCUGCUGAACAUGGCAGCUUUGAUGGUGGUGAUCAAGGUUUGUUGAAUAGUUUCUUCAGCAGCUGGGCAACAGCAGAUAUUGGCAAACACUUACCUUUCCUCUAUAACUUAAGCAGCAGUGCUGUAUACACCUACAUCCCUGCUUUCAAUCAUUUUGGUAGAGAUGCCAAGGUUGUUCACUUCUUGGGAGCGACAAAGCCCUGGAACUACAGAUACAACCUUCAAACAAAGAGAGUUAUGCAUGAUGGCACUACCUCUGGAUCAUUUCAUCAGCUGUCAUUUCUUGCCCUCUGGUGGAAUAUAUACAGUGCCAGUGUAUUGCCUUUGUUAGAAAAACUUGAAAAGAUGAAAGAAUCAGAAUCUGAUGAAUGCAAGCACACUUUCAAUGGAGUUGAAAUCACCCUAAAAAAGGUCAGUCCUUAUGUGGCCAAUACACUGCAAAUGCCUGUGUUUCCAGAGCAGGUAUAUGAAAUAGAUGCCACAGCAUGUUCACCUGAGGAACUCAUUUUUGAAGCUCAAGCUUUGUGUGGAGUUGAACAAAGCAGUUCUAACGUCCGUCUCUCUGAGCCUGACAGACCGUCAGAACAACUUGUAUUUCACCCUGCAUUUCAGGAUGCCUCAGAACUGAAUGAGGUUGCACAUUCCAUUUCAGAGCUGUCUAUUCACCUCAAACCAGAAGAACCAAGUCCAGAGGAUGAACGGAGAAAAUGGGAGGAAGGGCGCAUGGACUAUAUGGGGAAAGAUGCUUUUGAACAUAUCAAAAAGAAAUUGGAUGCAUUUUUACAUUAA